CCGCCAUACAUUUUUACCACUUAUGGAAGCACCAUCACCGUCGAGCGAAGAACGAACGCAACAGCCUCUUGCUGCUGCUGCUGCUGCUACUGCUACCCCUAGUAUAACUACUGUUGAAAAAACCGGUCCUGCCAAGGAAGAAAAUGCCGAGGUUGGACAGAAGCGCAAAGCGACAGCUGAUUCUGACGAUCCAGAGCAACAGGUCCAAGAUCAAGAAAAAGAGGAACCACAGCAGCAGCAACAGGAACAGGAACAACCAAACCCCAAACAACAACGAAUCAAGCGCCCCAAAGGUCGAUCGGAAAAAGAUUUUCGAGAAAAGAAUGACAUUAGCAAUGCUGAAUAUAUUGUUGAAGAUGGACUACGCAGGGUCAAACCUUAUUUUUUCGAGUACAAAGCAUAUGCCAAAGGACGAUGGAUGCAACGAUCGCUUAUUAAUGUAUUCACAGAAGAGUUCCAAGAUCGCAAUGAAAAGUAUUAUCGACAUGCCAUGGAGUUGGGACUUAUAACUAUUAAUGGAGAAACUGUGGGUCCCGACCAUAUUGUCAAGAACAACGACAUUCUAGGACACAAGAUUCAUCGCCAUGAGCCGGUCGUCACUGGCAAACCUAUCGAGAUCGUGCAUCGAUCGAACGAUCUGAUUGUGAUUAACAAGCCAGGAGGUAUACCCAUUCAUCCAGCUGGCCGGUACAGACAUAAUACGGUGAUUCAUGUGAUGCGUAAAACGCUUGGAAUAGAGAGGUUAUUUCCUGCCAAUAGACUGGAUCGACCGACGUCUGGAUUGAUGCUUGUUGGACUGAAUUCGGAAAAGGCAAGACAGUUAGAAGCCGAAAUGAUAAGUGGGCAAAUCCAAAAGGAAUAUGUGUGUCGAGUCGUAGGCGAGUUUCCACAAGAAGAAAUUGUAUGCGAAGAACCGUUAAAAACAAUCUCGUACAAACUCUCGCUCAAUUAUGUCCAUGGAGACGGCAAAGCAUCCAAAACGAUUUUUAAACGGCUAAGCUAUAAUGGCAAAACGAGCGUCGUUUGGUGUCGGCCGAGAACAGGACGUACGCAUCAAAUACGAGUCCAUCUGCGUUACCUUGGAUAUCCGAUUGCAAAUGACCCGAUUUAUGGCAACGGACUGCCCUGGUCUGACUUGAUACAAAAGGGACAGACUUUGGACGAAGAAGGUGCAGAAAAGGUGGUUCAAAAGGUCAUUGAAGUGGCGACGUUUCCGGAAGGCAUGUGGGAGGAUACGGAGGACAAGGAUGGUGUCAAGCAAAUUAAGCCACGGUGUGACGAAUGCGGGUUGGUUUUGACCGAGGAUCCUUCGUUAAAAGAACUGUGCAUUUGGUUGCAUGCAUGGAAAUAUUCUGGGCCUAGUUGGGCCUAUGAAACUGCGUUACCUGACUGGGCAGAUGCGUCUUUUACAGAAGAAGGGGAGAGCAAAUGACGAUAGAGUUUUUCUUUAUGUUUGGCAAUCACCAUGUAAUAUAAACUUUUUUUUUUUU